UUUUAUACCAUCACUAUAAAUUCGCGGUUAUUUGAAAAGAUCGUUUGCUUACUUUUUGCACUUAGCCGAAGCAAACAGUCUUUUUCAAGGCUCUAAGAGUUAAAAAUAAUGUUCUCCUUCAGUCGCUAUCGCACGGAUUGCAAGGCCCUUCAGUGGAAGGGCUGAGAUACAGUCUACAUCCCCUGCUGAGUCAACUUGUGGUUCAUUUCAGGCAGUCCUUCAGUGGGAAGGUUGCCACUGUCGAGGCUAAUAUUUCGUGACCGGACAGAUACUUCCUGAAUUUUUUUUGAUGAUUUUUGUUCGAGGUAGAUUUGAUUUCUGUGUCGGUUUGAUGAGAAGAUUUUGCCAAGAAAUGGUAUGCAACGCCGAUUAUUUAUCCAAAAUAGUUGAUGUGAGAAAUUUGGACAUAUUAUGUAUCUUAAAGGCAUGGUCAAGUCAAGUUCUACGUCCACUUAGCGGUUAUGUCACAGACAUUACCCACUGUUCGUUUUUGGUCAUUGAUCGACGACUACAACAGCCGCUAUACCACUCUGUACAUGCUGGAACAGAAGUCCUACACGGUGGAUGCUAUCCGUGAUUUCGUGCGCUGGAUGAGGACGCAGUUUGGUAGGACCACCGACGGUCAUCAGGUCGGAUCAAGGAGGAGAGUACAACAGCGCAGAGCUGGUCAAGUUUUUGAAUUUACAUCUAAACAGAUAACACUGAAUCAACAAUUUGACGCCACAAUACACGGUUCGAGGCCGCAUCUCUCCAUCUUCGGAUACGCCCCACGCUCGCCAAGUCGUUUUGCAUCUGGUCUGCCUAUCUCGCUCGCUGCGCUCCACGCCGUCUCGUACCUGCCGGAUCGGAAGCGAACACCAUCUUUGCAGGGUUGCUGUCCGGCAUUCUUGCAACAUGCCCUGCCCAUCGUACCCUUCCGGCUUUAGCUACCUUCUGGAUACUGGGUUCGCCGUAGAGUUGGGCGAGCUAAUGGUUCAUUCUUCGCCGCCACACACCGUCUUCUUGCACACUGCCAAAGAUGGUCCUAAGCACCCGUCUCUCGAAUACUCCGAGUGCUUGCAAGUCCUCCUCGAGCAUUGUCCAUGUUUCAUGUCCGUAGAGGACAACCGGUCUUAUUAGCGUCUUGUACAUGACACAUUUUGUGCGGUGGCGAAUCUUUUUCGACCGCAGUUUC